CCCCACCACCGCCCGGUGUGAGAGCGCGCUGGUGGCUGUGCGCUUCCUGGGCUUCUUCCGCGUGUGGCGCGGCAGCAACACGGUGUUCGAUGGCGUGGACCUGUGGCUGCCGGAUGUGGUGUACGACACACAGGCGACCUACGUCCGCGUGCCUCCCUCCGCCCGCCGGGAGUGCGAGCAACUCGGUCUGAGCUUCCGAGAGGGCGUGCACGCCGCCAACCACGCCCUUCUCAACGUCGUACCGUUAUUCCUAACCGCCAACGGUAACGACCUCGGGACCGAGUGUGACAACCCCUACGACUCGCGCUACCGCAUUGAGCGGUUGCUGUUGUACGACAAACACCGCGGCGGCGGUACGGGUCUGGCGGCGGCAGCAGCGCCGCGUAUGCCGCAGCUGCUGGAGGCGGCGUAUGGUCGUGUGGUUGAGUGCGGGUGUGAGUACGGCAAGGGGUGUCCACAGUGUGUGCAGCACCUGGCGUGCCGUAACUACAAUGCGGUGUUGAGCAAGGCGGGGGCGGAGGUGGUGUUGAGGCAUGUGCUGAUGCAGGAACGGGAGCAUGCGGCGCAGGUGGCGGGGCAGGAGCAGCAGUGAGGAAGGGAGGGGCGGUGAGGAGGGGUGAGGGCGGUGAGGAGGGGAAUGUGAAUAGGUCGAGAAGCAACCGGAUGAGGGAAGGGAGGUGAUGGGAAGUCUGCUGCUGGUAGAAGUGAGCCGCUCGACCAGCCGCGAUCAGCCCUGUAACUGAAAAGGAGGAGA